GACAAUAUGCCAUAUAAUACACACUGCAGUAUUUCUUUAUAAAAUAAACAAUACUGUGAACAUAGAACACGGAUACCACACAAUUCCACUACGUACGUACGUAGCUCACUGAUACCACAAACAACUAAUACGCACGUACAGGGAAACUAUUCUAUAGCCUCCUGAACUAGAGUACUUCAAGAAAGGUCUAUAGACAUUUGUAAUAUAUACAUAUAUACCUUGAAACUCCAUCCCUCACACUUGUCAUAUUCAAAUACACGCAGACGAAGGAAGGCAGAUAUAUCUAUAGUAUGAGUGUUGAAGAUACAGCGCUAUUGCACCCCGAUGUGGUAGAAUUUAUGCGGAUUGGGAAGCCAUCACUUAUUGUGACGGACGUGGAUGGCACACUACUCAAUCCAGCACACGAGGUUACUGCUCGGACGUUAGAAGUGCUGAAGAAAGUGACAGGUGAUUUGCAAAUUCCAGUACUCUUUGCCACUGGGAAGACAUUCCCCUCCACUAUGCAUGUUAGGAAGGAGCUGGGUAUGCUGGAUGACCCUAGAUGCAUCGGCCUCAAUGUCAAUGGACUGGUGAUUCACGAUCACACCGGGAAGACAAUCCAAAGUACAACCAUAGAUGCGAGCAUAUCGACACAGAUCUUCCGUAUGGCUUGGGCGCGUGGGCAUGCGGUGGUCAUUUACUGUGACGAUCGCAUUCUCAGCCGAGACCACAACGCCUUUGUCGAUAUUCUGCCCCAUUAUGGAGAGCCAG